AUGUCGGCCUAUGGCGCUUGGCCGCAUCAAGAGGAGGCUUUGGCACGAGCGCUGGAACAAAAUAUUAUCUUGAACCAGCCGACGGGCAGCGGGAAGACAUUGGUUGCGUGCAUGCUGCUGGACUCCUUGGCAAAAGAGGGGUCGGUGAGCCUCUUUGUCGUGAACAGCAGGGCGCUGGUCCCUCAGCAGGCUGAAUAUCUCAAAGGGCACUCCCGCGGCGGCCUUGUGGUUGCUGUUGAUCUCACACAUGUCCGAGCUCCAGAUGUCUUUGUUGCGACGGCAGAAGUGGCGCGAUCAGCGCUGGAGUCUGGACAGGUUGACGCUCGGUGCCUGGCCUGCGUGGUGUUGGAUGAGGCCCACUAUGCCACAGGCCGCCACCCAUAUGCCGAGAUCAUAGCCCUUCUUCGGUCCGUGGGCGUGUCACCACGGAUUCUGGGCUUGACCGCAAGCUUCAUGCAUGGGCGAGCCGGGCUCCAGGCAAGCGAGAAGCGGCUCAGCGAUCUCGAGGAGCUGCUGGCCGCAAAGGUGUUCUCGCCGGAGGUGCCUGGUGUCCAGCACAGUUUCUUCUCGGUGCCGUUUGCAACGGGGACCUUGGAGCUCACCAGGGCUGCAGCCUUUGAGGCUGAGUUGGAGGCAAUCCUGGGUGCAACCCUCAAGGACUGCCAGAACUGGGAGUUGUGGACCGCGGUGGAGAAGGAGAAAACUCGUUUGAGAGGUGUGCUGGAAGCUGUGGGGCCUGCUGGCUGGCACGGUUUUGUAUGCCAUGCACUUCCAGAGGUUGUAGCAGCCAAGCUUCAGAGUAAGCUCGGGGCCAUAGACGACGAGCAGACAAAAACGAAUUUGCAGGCAGGCAUCGCACUGGUGCGACCAUUUCAGCAGUCAGUGCUUGCACUUGCAGAGCACGGCCAGCACUGGGAAGAGACCACCGGGAAGUUCGACGCGCUGUUGGCCUUGUUGCGACGCAUGUUGGGACGCUCGGAGGACAAGAUCCUGGUGUUCGUUGAGCGCGUCUCAGUGGCUUGUGUCAUGGCGCGGAUCAUCUCCGCCCGCCUCGUGGAGGCCAAGCACGUGGCUGGAGUGCAGGGAAUGGACGAUGUAACCCGGAGCUCAAGCCUGGCCAGGUUUAGGUCAACUUGCCGCAUCAUGGUCUCCACGUCCUCCUUGGAGGAGGGCUUGGACGUUCCGGCUUGCAGGUUUGUGAUUCGCUACGACAGCUUCAGCAGUGCCAAGAGUCACGUCCAGGGCUCUGGUCGUGCGCGGCAUCCAGAGGCGGAGGUGUAUUACUUCGAGAACGACGUCGCGCAGGAGGAAGCCGCGCGCCAGCAGCUGGAGGCCAUCGCCCGCCACGAGCCGCGCGCUGUUCUCGCGCAAGGCUAUGGCCAUACGCCACCAGCAGCUGCAAACACUUCGGGCACUGCAGGUGUUGGAACCGGGCAUCGGUGGGGCGCAGAGUCCACGAUGUGGGACUACCGUUGCAACAAGUCUUUCCGGGGCAUGGCUUGUGCUUGUGGGAGCCAGCUUCGCAUUACCAGCCGCGCUUACGGCCAAGGGCGCAAGAAGAAGGAGGCAGAGCUGCACCCUCUGGCAGACAUCACGAACAAGGAGAUUGAGGAGGUGAAGCAGCUGAAGCACCCACCGCGCGAAGUCGCACGGGUCAUGGAGGUCGUCCAUUUAUUGCUCACGCAGACACUGCCUUCCCAUUUGGACUGGGCCGACGUGAUCCGCACUGUGGUGCGCUUCGACUUUCUGAAGCGCGCGCGGAAUAUUGAUUUGGAUGCUCUGCUUCAACAGCCACGCGUCAUCGACCACGUUUGCCGCAAGUACUUUGCGGGCGGCGAUCCGUUGACGCCGGACAGAGUGCGGUGGGCAAGCAAGGCAGUGGUCGCCUUUUUCGGGUGGACGGUGGCCAUCAUCGCGGGCAUUUUGCCAGCCUUUCCCGAAAAGGUGGGUGGCGAGGAAGCCCGUCGCAGGAUUCAGCUCUUGGACCAGGAGUUGAAAGAGCAGAGGCGCCGAGAGUCUGAGCAGCAGAAGUUGGCUGAGCAGCAAAAGGAGAUGCGUAAGCGUGAAGUGGAAGAGGAGGCUGUAGCCAAAGAGGAGCGCCGCCAAGCCGAGGAGCGACGGGUGGAGCUGCAGAAGCAGGAGCUUCAAAGACAGGUCGAGCUGGAUGCGAAGGAAAUGGCAGCCCAAGAGGAGGCGCGCCAAAGGCAGAUCUUCGACCAGGCGCAGGCAGAGCAAGAGAGAAGGAUCAAGGCCAAGCAGCAGAAGCGCGAUGCGAAAAUGAAGCAGAAAAAGCGACGAAUGCUCGACCUGGACAGUGACGAGUCUGGAUCUGAGGCAGAGCGAGAACGUGGCAUUUGGAAUGCCAACAAUCCAGACAUUCGUUUCCUGGGUAUUGAAGGUGCCCACGUGACAUUCCUGUCCGACCAGUUUGCAGACCACUGUGCUGUCUUAACUUUACGCCCCAUUUUCUACGGCCAGCACUUCUUCGAGUUUGUGGUUCACCAUUUCAGUGAUCAGCUGCGGUGCGGAAUCACCACAGAUGCGGUGCAGGCUGGCGCACUGGUGGCCGGCCACAACCUGAGGGGCUGGUGCUAUGCUGGCAGAGCAAAGGAUUUGAGCGCCGGCCUACAAAUCAACAGCAAGGUUGUUCAGAGCUUCUCCCACAUUGCUGAUGGGGAUGCCAUUGGGGUGCUUGUGGACGCGGACAGGUGGUCUGUUGCCUUCCUGCGGAACCGCGUGCUGGAGGGAAGCUGCAGCAUGACAACUCCAACUCGUGAGUCGAUCUUUGUGAUCGCUCAUUUGGAUGCAGCGGGCGACCAUGUAGAGCUGCGCAAGCUCCCACUACAAGAAGCGCCGUCACAAGCAAUGGCGGAGCUGACCUCCUACUCGCCGCCUUCCUGGGCUUUGCUGGUGAGCGAUUGCUCCCUCUCCGAGUCUGAAUCUGAAAGUGGUGAGCGCGGCCUGCCGAGCUCGGAGCCAUGCACGGCCCAUGGUCAAAGCGUUGGCCGGAGCCAAGGUGACCAAGGCACACUGCGACGCCUGCCGUGCAAAAGCCAGAGCCAGCCCGGCCUUGCUCGGGAAGUGCCCGUCCGAGAAUGCUUUGAGGGGGCCCGCGAGCGGGCGGCACGCGAGCCAAGCCAUUCCAAGUCGUUCAGUGGGCGAAAUCCUCUGGCAGCGGCGGGCGCCAUGCUUUCGCGGCCGCAGAGCCCAGUGCAACCAGUGCCACGAGCACCACCCGCGCACAUGCCGAGUCUGAAAGCGCAACUCCGAGAGCUGAAGGAGUGCUUUGACGAAGGGCUGCUGACGUUCGAAGAGUUCCAGCAGGAGAAGGCUGCCGUGCUCCAAUCCAUGCGGGCGGCUGAAGCCCCUUGGGCCGCGGCAACCUCAGAGGCACGCGAGAGCCAUCGCAUCCGGCCGGAGCCAGACCGGCCGGAGCCCCGGCUGGACCUGUCAUCCGCCACACAGUCAAUGUCAUCGAUCACCCUGCGGCCUGACAUGCGCAUCGGGGAGGUCAUCAAAAUACUUCUUAGUUCCAAUGCAGUUUGCGUCGAGGAUGGGGCAGACGGAGUGUUCUAUGUAAAGGUGUCUGGCGCGGACGAUGUAGUGUGUGAGGACGGCCUCGCCUGCAUUUCCUUGGCGGAUUUGCUGGAGGCCCCCCGCCAACUUCCUCUGAACUGCCUGCUGGGUGGCGGGGAGAAGGAGGAGUGCGACCUCUACGCGCUCUCGCCAGAGCCGUACAAGGAGAAAAACGUUGUCACCGAGCUUUCAGGUCGUUUGCCGUGGCUCGUUGGCCUUUUGGUGUUCCUGACGGUUUCGUCCGCCAUCCUUGAAUUCUUUGAUGGCUUGGUGCAGAAGCACUUGAUCAUCGCCUUCUACCUAACUGCCCUUGUGGGCUGUGGUGGCAAUGCUGGUUCCCAAGCCGCUUCUCUGGUCCUGCAGGCCUUGGCGACUGGAGAGCUCGUCCCAAGUUUCGACGACCUUGGCCGCGUUCUUUGGAAGGAGCUGCAGGUGGGCCUUGGUAUCGCGCUGGUCCUUGCGGCGGGCGUGGCGUUGCGGAUCCUGUUGUUCGGAAGCCCUGUGGCAGACGCGGUGGCCAUCUCGCUUUCCAUGGCAGUCACCGUGAGCUUCUCCGUUGUUUUUGGCGCCUGUGCGCCGCUUUUGCUUCAGCGCAUGGGCGCCGAUCCAGCCAAGGUCAGCGGCCCCCUGCUAUCCACUGUAAUCGACAUCGCCGGGGUGCUGGUGGCCUGCUUGUCUGCUGUUCUGUUGGAGGCUCUGAAGGCUUGGUGA